UACAAGGCCAGGAUGAACAUGCCUAUCCUCAACAGACAGUACAACGAGGCCAUGAGGAAUGUCUCAUCAGCAGAGGCACAGGCUCUGGCCCUACCCCUCUGUACAGAGAUUGACAAGUACCUGAAAGACAGUCCACUGGCUGGCAAAUAUAAAGAAUGUGCUGUCAGGCAGAUCAAACAGACAGAAACUUCGCCCAUCAUGUGCAAGUGCUCUAGUGGACUAGUGUCCAGCAAGGGGAAGAGAGCCAAGGUUUUCUUUGACCUGGUGUUUAAUAGCCAGAUCACUAGAGAGGAGAUAGAGAAGAUACUGAGAGCCCACGCGGGCUACGAGGACAAGGAUGGGCUCAGAUACUUCAAGUUCGGGGACUUUGUCAUUGAUAUCGAUAAAAUACUUAAACCUCCAGUACUACCAACUAGGAGUCCACAUAUUGAUAUCAUAGAUGCCACUCUGACCAAUUUAACAGUGAGUGUGUACAAUCUAACUGACUGGACCAGUGAUCUCAAAAUCAACACCUCUCUGGCCUUCAACUCCUACGCUGUCCCAUUCUGUACAGAUCUCGACAAAAUCUUUCGGUUAAGUCCACUGAGGGAAAGAUAUUAUGACUGCCAAGUAAAAUCUUUUGGAAAAGACCCCAGAAAUGUAGUUGUCCACUUGAGAUUUAAAGGGAAAGCUUACCAGAACAUGAGGAGUGACAUAUUACAGAUCAUCAUAGACAACGCCAAGAGGGUCCUGGGCCCCGAGAACAAGGAGCUGAGGAUGAUAGGGAACCUCCUGAUAGAGCCCCUGGGAGGGACCUCGAUAGACGUCCUCAACAUUACCCUCAGCCUCGGGGGAGAGCCCACCAUUCAGCCCACAAAGACCAUCCCCCCACCCACAGGGGAACAAGUCGUCAUAGCCGAUAUCACAGUUUACCUGUACAAUUUAACUUAUGAUCCACGAUUAGAAGAUGAAAACUCUGCACUGUUUCACAGACAUGCCCAUGCAUUCUGUAAAGAUAUUGAGAAAAUUUACAUGUCAUCUUCACUGAAACAUUUCUUUAUUGACUGCAAAAUGUUUGAUUACAUGGCUCCAGAUCCAGGACAUAUAUACACGAAGGCCAAGUUCAAGCUUCGGUUCCGACAUCCCUCUGUGUUCUCCCCAGAACACUUCAAAGGACUGAUCAAAUCGCGGACACCGGAGUUUGUACAGACAGAUCUACAGGCCCUGACCAAGCUCUACACGUACCUGGUGGGUCACGACCUCGUCAUUCUGGAUAAGACGGGAUUUGAGACGGCUGUCACCAUCAGGCCCUGACCAAGCUUACGUACAUCAAAUGUGUUUGUCAACACGCCAGGCUUGACAAUUUUCCCAUCACACAUUCAUGGCACUUCUACAGUUUAUAAUUUAUAUGAUGCGACCUAUGCUAACAUUACCACAGGGCUCUAUGACUUUCAGUACACCUCUGAUCUUGCCAACAGAAAUUCACCAAAGUUUGCAAGUUUACAGGCUCAUUUCUGUGAUGAUCUUCAACGAUAUGUUGAGAGGACAGCUGUUGGCAAAUUUUUACAGGACUGUAAAAUUGACGAAUUCACGAAUUUCCCAACCAAUGUAAAGUUCCACCUCCUGUUUAACACCCCUAUUGGGUCCUACGUGAUGGAGAAUAUUACCCACGUUCUGAAGGACAUGGCGCCCCACCGCCUGAAGGACGGAUUCGAGGUGGUGGAUGUCGGGGACCUGGGUCUGAUCUGGAACCGGUACCACAUUGAUAUGAAGGUCACUAACUACACCGUACACACAGCCACCGAUGUCGCCCACACUGGCACACUGGACUUCCCCAGCACACAGGCACCCAGCAAAAUAAUGUAUUCUGCCACUGAGGUGAGGUUUACAUGUGAUCUGUACAACCAGAGCAUCCCCAUAGAGUUCUCCGACAGAACUAACUACCUGUUUAAACAACAGCAGGACCUAUUCUGUAAAGAUGUGAGAAAAAGCUAUACAGACAGUGUUUUGCAUCCACACUUUUUGGAAUGUUAUAUUAAGGACUUCAAAUAUGUAACACCAAGGAAAGUUCAGUUUGGACUUUAUUUUGCCCAUACAAUGACAAAUGGCCUUCAAAGCAAUGCUGUUAACAUUCUGGAAAGUAAAUCUGCAAACAAGAAGAUUGGCAGUAAAACUUACGUAGAUCUCGGGAAGCUGUUUUUGGAGACAGGAACCUGUGUCAUUCAGAUGAAACCAGUAAACUGGACCCACGAGAUGGAGCAUACCUACCACCCCAUACAUACUGCCACACCCACUCUGCCAACGGGUCCUUCAUUUGAAAUUGACCACUGUAUGCGGUACCCUUGUCAACACGGCGGCACCUGUCUGAAGUCUAUAUCAGGCUGGUAUAACUGUGUGUGUCCUCCUGGCUACUCCGGUCAAAACUGUGAAGUCAACAUCAAUGAAUGUAACAUGAACAUGUGUAUGAAUGGUGGAACUUGUGUGGACACCAUUGGGAGCUACUACUGUAAAUGUGACGCAGGCUGGGAAGGCGUCCACUGCGAAAUCAAUAAGAAUGAGUGUGACAUCCAGAACAUUUGUCUGUACGGGGGUACCUGUGUAGACACUCCAGGCUCCUACUUCUGUAUGUGUGUGGAGGGAAGAACAGGCAAAAACUGUGAACAUGACAUUGAUGAGUGUUUACAGGCCAAUAUUUGCCAGAAUGGAGGCACCUGCUUCAACAGACCUGGCUCUUUCUACUGUAGCUGUGCUCCUGGCUGGACAGGAACCCUAUGUGAGACUGAUAUUGAUGAAUGUAAAAACAAUAUUUGUCAACACGAGGGCACCUGUCUAAACACCCCUGGGUCUUAUCGCUGUCUGUGUCCAACGGGAUGGACUGGAAAAUACUGUGAAAGAGAUAUACAUGAAUGCCUGGAGUACAAUGUUUGUUCUAACGGAGGAACCUGUCGUAAUCUCAUGGGGGGAUACAUCUGUACCUGUCCCCCGGGGUGGACCGGGGAUAACUGUACUCUAGACGUGAAGGAAUGUCAGACCAAUCCCUGUAAGAACUCGCUGGGCUGUAUCGAGCUGGAGGGAUCCUACAAGUGUGAAUGUCCUCCUGGAUAUACGGGACAAAACUGUGAUAUUAAUAUCGAUGAAUGUUUUACGAUGAACUUGCCCUGCUCGGGACACGGAGACUGUAUAGACACGAUGGGUUCCUACCGGUGUAUCUGUAACCCAGGGUGGACGGGCGUUCAGUGUGACCUUGACAUACCUGAGUGUAGCCUUCUGAAGCCCUGUAAACAUAACUCCACCUGUAUUGAGAUGGACGGGGGCUACAGGUGUGAAUGUUUACCUGGAUUCAGGGGCAAGCACUGUGAAGGAGAUGAGUUUGAGUGUACCAAUAAUCCUUGUAUGAACGGAGCCACCUGUAUGGAGACCUUUGGCUCCUUCUACUGUAGCUGUCCCCCGGGAUGGACUGGACCCCUCUGUGGAAAGGACUCUGAUGAGUGUGUUAAUGACCCCUGUAGGAACGGUGCUUCGUGUUUAAACACGCCAGGCAGCUACCAGUGUAUCUGUAUCAAUGGAUGGUCUGGAAUUCACUGUGAAAUUGUCGAUGAUUGGUGUCAAAGUGCCCCGUGUUUAAAUAACGGGAUAUGCUCGAACAGUAUUGGUCGGUACGAGUGCACCUGUCCACCAAGUUGGAGCGGUCCUGAAUGUCAAAUAGAUGUCGAUGAGUGUAUUACGAAUCCAUGUUUGAACAACGGAACUUGUCUGAAUACACCUGGUUCGUUUGUCUGUCAGUGCACAGCAGGAUGGGAAGGAAACAUCUGUGAAAGAGAUACAAAUGAAUGUCCCAGCUUCCCUUGUGAAAAUAAGGGAGUGUGUACCAAUACACUGGGGUCUUAUAUUUGUAAAUGUCCCAAAGGGUGGACAGGUCCUCGAUGCAGAAUAGAUGUGGAUGAGUGUAUGGAGAGGCCCUGUGAGAACGGAGGGUCGUGUAUCAACCUGCCCGGGAGCUAUGAAUGUAUCUGUCCCCGCGGAUUUUCUGGACCCCACUGUAAGAUAGAGCACAAUGAAUGCCUGAACAACCCGUGUCAGAAUGGUGGGACAUGUUUCAAUACUCCGGGAUCUUACUACUGUAGCUGUAAGAGUGGAUGGACAGGGCCUAACUGUACUCAAGAUGUGGAUGAGUGUCAGUUUGAGAGAGCUGUGUGUAUGUUUGGGGGAACCUGCACCAACACAGUCGGGUCCUUCGUGUGUGUGUGUCCCCCAGGGCGAUCAGGACCCACCUGUGUUAUUGACAUAGAUGAAUGUUUGAUUGCCAAUCCCUGUGGUAAUGGGGGUCAGUGUAUAAACACGGACGGAUCGUACAAAUGUCUGUGUACCCCGGGCUGGACGGGUAUCAACUGUACGGAAGAUGACAAUGAGUGUAAGGGAUACCCCUGUAGAAACAAGGGAACUUGUGUGAACACGGUGGGCUCCUUUAAGUGUAUAUGUCCCCCGCAGUGGACCGGACCGAUCUGUGACUUUGAUGUAAAUGAAUGCUUAAACAUGAGUGUCUGUCAGAAUGGAGGGGAGUGUAUUAACAAAGUCGGAUCCUACAUUUGCUCGUGUCGAGAAGGUUGGACAGGACAGCAUUGUCACAUAGAUUACAACGAAUGUGCAAAAGACAGAAACCCUUGUCUGAAUGGUGCAACUUGUGACAAUCGGAAUGGAACCUUCGUCUGUAUAUGUCCUAAAGGGUGGAGAGGGGUACACUGUGACAUAGACAUCAAUGAGUGUGAGACUCUGAUCACCCCUUGCCAGUUUGGAGGAACCUGUAACAACAUUGAUGGGUCGUACUACUGUAUCUGUCCCCCGGGGAGGGGAGGCGACUACUGCGAAAUCAACAUCCAGGAGUGUCUGACAAACCCCUGCAUGAAUGGAGGUAGAUGUAUCGAUCUGGAGGAUGGGUUCCGCUGUGAGUGCUCUCAGGCCUACACAGGGGAAUAUUGUCAGAACGACGCUAACGAGUGUGAGCGAGCCAACCCCUGCCAGCACGAGGGGACCUGUGUUAACACCCACGGCUCCUAUAGGUGUCGCUGUAAGGAAGGAUGGAAGGGACACAACUGUGAAAUCGACAUUAAUGAAUGUUUGCUAACCAACCCCUGCCUACAUGGAGGCACCUGCUUCAAUACAAUGGGAUCAUUCAGGUGUACUUGUCCUCCUAACUGGACAGGGCAGAGAUGUGAAAUAGAUGUGGAUGAAUGUUCUAUCAGCUUCCCGCCUUGUCUACACGGUGGUACCUGUAUCAACAUAGAAGGGGGAUACACUUGUCAGUGUCCCAUUGGAUGGAUGGGGAAGAACUGUGAAAAAGAUGUGAAUGAGUGUUUUACGAUGCAGCCUUGUAGAAAUGGUGGGACGUGUCAGAAUAUCGACGGCUCCUAUCUGUGUCAGUGUAAGGAGGGAUGGACCGGCCCAGACUGCACAACAGAUGUUGAUGAAUGUUUGAGGAAUCCCUGUAUGUACAAUGGAACAUGUCUGAACACCCGGGGUUCCUACAUGUGUGCCUGUCCCAGAGAACGAACCGGACACAACUGUAUGGAUGAUGUGGAUGAGUGUGUGCUGUUUUCGCCAUGUAAACACGGGGGCACCUGUCUGAACAUCAAUGGAGGGUACACUUGUAUGUGUAAGGACGGCUGGACCGGCACCAACUGCGAAAUGGAUAUUGAUGAAUGCUUGCGGAACCCAUGUUUCAAUAAUGGAAGUUGUAUCAACUCUUACGGAUCGUUUUAUUGUCGCUGUCCGAGAGGAUGGACUGGGCCAUACUGUCUAGAGGAUGUCAACGAGUGUUUACAAAUGUCCUGCGCCAACGGAGGAACCUGCAUCAACAUUCAGGGCUCUUAUCAGUGCAGGUGCCCUAAUGGUUGGACAGGAAGGAACUGCGAAAUAGAUGAGGAUGAGUGUAAGAGAAAUCCUUGUUUGAAUGGAGCAACGUGUUAUAACACGGUGGGAUCCUUCUCUUGUGUGUGUCCUGAUGGAUUUGUGGGCCUGCUGUGUGGAAACGACACCAAUGAAUGCCUGCAGUUCCCAGGAAUCUGUAAAAAUGGGGGCACCUGCUUCAACACCGAGGGGUCCUACAAGUGUGAUUGUCCCCCGGGGUGGAGGGGCAAAAACUGUGGAAUAGAUGUGAAUGAAUGCAUAACCAUGAAUCUGUGUGCCAAUGGUGCUACCUGUAUCAACACAGAUGGCUCCUACCGGUGCAGGUGUCCUCCAGGAUUUGAAGGCCCACUCUGUGAAAAGGAUAUAAACGAAUGUUUGAACAACCCUUGUCUGCACGGAGCUAACUGCAUCAACACACCUGGUGGUUACACCUGUAAUUGUAAAGAAGGAUGGACCGGGCUCAACUGUGCUAAUGAUACAGAUGAAUGCCUGAACUUCCCCUGUUUACAUGGGUCUACCUGUAACAACACUCUGGGAGGAUUUGAGUGUAUCUGUGCCAAGGGCUGGGAAGGACCAUUCUGUUCUGUGGAUAUCCAUUACUGUCUGGAUGCCCAGUUCUGCCACGGACAUGGACACUGUAUCAGUAUGCCGGGGUAUGACCUCUGUGAUUGUGAGCCAGGAUGGAUGGGACCACAUUGUGCAUUAAAUAAGAACGAGUGUGUGGAGAUUAUUGAUGUCUGUAAGAACGGCGCCACCUGUACCGACUUAAUGGGAAGCUAUAACUGUACCUGUCUACCGGGAUUCAAGGGAGAGCACUGCGACAUCGAGCAGUCCUGUUUACACACACCCUGUCUAAAUGAUGGCCAAUGUAUCUCAAGGAAUGGAAUCUAUUUCUGUAAAUGUACGGACCUCUGGACUGGAGAAUACUGUGACACUCCUGUGAAUAUAUGCACGGAAAAUCCCGAUAUUUGCCAGAAUGGGGGCACCUGUAAUUAUCUUGGUGCUGCGUACGAGUGCAUAUGUCCUCCUGGGUUCACAGGAAAACACUGCAGUGAAAAUGUGAAUGAAUGUAAAGCUGACGUAUACCCCUGCUUUAAUGGAGGCACCUGCUUUGAUCUGUAUGGAACUUAUGAAUGCUUCUGUGCCAAGGGAUGGAGUGGGCCACAGUGUAACAAUGACACCAAUGAAUGUGACAGUACUCCCUGUUAUAACAAUGGUAAAUGUAUCAACACAGAGGGUGGUUAUCUUUGUGAGUGUACACCAGGCUGGAUGGGAAAUCAAUGUCAAAGAAACAAAAAUGAAUGCCUUAACUUCCCCUGCCUGCACGGUGGGACUUGUAGAGACACGAUUGGUUCAUUCAGAUGUACAUGUAAAACCGGCUGGACGGGGGACAUUUGUCAAGAUGAUGUGAAUGAAUGCCUGAACAACCCAUGCAUUCACGGUGGCAUCUGUAAGAACACAAAUGGAUCUUAUAUCUGUGAAUGUCCACAACAGUACACAGGCAAAAACUGUGAAUUAGACCUUGAUGAGUGCCGAAUGAUUCGAUGCCAGAAUAACGCGACAUGUCAGAACUUGGAUGGAUCAUACCGCUGUGUGUGUAGGGACGGAUUUGAAGGAAAAUAUUGUGAAAAAGAUAUAAAUGAGUGUCUGACCCUCAGCCCCUGCCUACACGGGGGGACCUGUGUCAACCUGAUGGGAGGGUACAGGUGUGAGUGUCCCGAGGGGUGGAUCGGGAAAGACUGCAACAGAGAUAAGGAUGAGUGUAUGUACUUCCCAUGUAAACACGGAGGUACCUGUAUGAAUAACGAUGGAUCGUAUCAGUGCAUUUGUCCUCCUGGAUUCACCGGACCAACUUGCGAACUAGAUCGAAAUGAAUGUGAAAAAAAUCCCUGUCAGAACAACGGAACAUGUAGGAAUACACACGGGUCCUAUUACUGCGAGUGUAGUUACGGCUGGCAGGGACCCUUGUGCACCGAUGAUAUUAACGAGUGUAACCUGAACCCGUGUUUAUAUGGUGGGACCUGUAUCAACACACCUGGUUCAUAUGUGUGUCAGUGUAAACCAGGACGCACUGGAAAAGACUGUAGAAACGACACCAAUGAAUGUGAGAGAAACCCUUGUCAGAAUGGAGGGACUUGUAUCAAUACAGAUGGCUCAUACACCUGUAGAUGUACUCAGUACUGGACGGGAGAAAACUGUCAUAUUGAUGUGAACGAGUGUCUCCUAGCGUACAGUGUGUGUGAACAUGGUGGACAGUGUAUCAAUCUGGCCGGGAACUACACCUGUAAUUGUCCAGCGGGGUGGACGGGGCAUGGCUGCCGUAUUGAUGUAAACGAGUGUUUGAUGAACCCCUGUAUGAACAAUGCGACCUGUGUGAACACUGACGGUUCCUUUAUCUGUCGCUGUCCCCCAGGCUGGAUGGGCCCCACCUGUAGCGAGGAUGUGAACGAAUGUCCAAUGUUCCUCUGUAAAAAUGGUGCCUCGUGUCAGAACACCCUGGGAAGCUUUGUGUGUCAGUGUCUUCUAGGCUGGGAGGGGCCACUCUGUGAUAUUGAUAUCAAUGAGUGUCUGCGGAAUCCUUGCCUCCACGGCGGUCGAUGUAUUAACAGCCCCGGCUCCUUCUCCUGUCAGUGUAGUGAGGGAUGGAUGGGAGCUCUCUGUGACGAAGAUGUAAAUGAAUGCUUGCAGUUCCCUUGUCGAAACGGAGGAACAUGUAAAAACCUUGAUGGCUCUUUUGAGUGUAUCUGUCCUCAAGGUUACUCUGGAAAACUUUGUACAGGAGACGUGAAUGAAUGCCUGUCCAAUCCCUGUAAGAAUGGAGCAAGGUGUAUCGACACCCCAGGGUCCUUCCAAUGUAUCUGUCCACCUCACUGGGAAGGCCCUCUCUGUGACAAAGACAAAAAUGAAUGUCUGAAUCCCAAUGCCUGUCUUAAUGGAGGAACCUGUAUUAACAUCAAUGGAGGAUAUCAGUGUAAAUGUCCCCCUGGCUUCACAGGAGAAUACUGCACUAUGGAUAUCAACGAGUGUAUCGAAUUUGUGGGAAUUUGUCAGAAUGGCGGGUUCUGUAUUAACACCCUGGGCGGCUACACGUGUAGAUGUACAGAACAUUGGGAGGGGGCUAACUGUACUAUUGAUAUUGACGAGUGUAAGAUGCAGGUGUGUCAGAACGGCGCCACCUGUAUCAACAUACCUGGAGGUUUUAGAUGUGAAUGUCCGCCAGGCUGGCGAGGGGAUAUGUGUGAACAAGAUAUGAAUGAGUGCCUGAAUCUCACGCUGUGUCAGAAUAACGCUCUCUGUAUCAACACUCAGGGGUCGUUCACGUGCCAGUGUCAGGUCGGAUGGGAGGGGAAAUAUUGUCACAUCGAUAUAAAUGAAUGUUUGAUUGACAAUCCCUGCCUCAAUGACGCCAUUUGUGAGAACACGCCAGGCUCCUACAUCUGUAAAUGUAAACCAGGCUUUGAGGGCAACCUAUGUCAAUACAACCAUGAUGAGUGUAAGAGUAACCCCUGUAAGUUUGGAGGGACCUGUAUUGACACGGUGGGGUCCUACAUCUGUCAGUGUCCCCCAGGGAGAUCAGGCAGAAACUGUGAUAAUGAUACAGACGAGUGUCUUAACAACCCGUGUCUGAAUGGAGGAACCUGUGAGAACCUGGUGGGAAGCUUUAAGUGCACAUGUCCUCCAGGAUUUACCGGCGAGAGAUGUGAAAGCAACAUCAAUGAGUGUGUUUUAUACAGACCUUGUAAGAAUGGGGCCACAUGUUAUGACAGUUUUGGAUCAUAUUCAUGCAGCUGUGCACCAGGAUGGACAGGAAAGAAUUGUGAUACAGAAAUCAACGAGUGUCUUGUUAUCCGCCCGUGUCAGAACGGAGCGGAGUGUGUCAACACCCCGGGGUCCUACAAGUGUAUCUGUCCCCCGGGCUGGACCGGCACUAACUGUGAAAUAGACAUCAAUGAAUGCUAUGACAGACCUUGUAAAAAUGGUGCCCAGUGUAUCAACAACCAGGGCUCCUUUACCUGCAUCUGUCCCCCAGAUUUCACCGGGCCUCUUUGUGAGACAGCCAUUAUUACAGGAUUUAAAUUCCGAUCCAUUGCCAGGAAUUUGACCUUUACCCCAGGCUUGCUGGACAACAGAACGUAUGAAUUCAGAGCCCACGCUGAUCUCUUCUGUGCUGAUAUUGAUAGAAUUAUAAGAAAAUACCCCAAUGCAUUUGCUGACUAUAAGGAAUGCAGAGUUGUUGCCUAUGGAAACAACCCCACCUCUUUAAAUUGGGAACUAGUGUUUACUGGUGACCAGCCCUCGCUGAGUGAGAAGCAGAUUCUGGACAUUAUCUAUAAGGACCUGCCUCAUUACUACUACAAGGACUCGGAGGGGGUGGUCAUCGGGGACAUUUUCGUCCACAUCAAUGACUACGCCACCACCAAGCUCCCCAUGGACUUACAGAUCCUAAACCUGACCUGGUCAGACGAGCUUAGGAAUCCCAACUCCUUCAUGUUCAAAGAAUACUCGGCUGACCUCUGUAAAGAUCUGGAAAGACUAGUUGGCACCUUUGGUGUUGACCUACCAAAGUUAGUGGGAUGUGAAGUUAAACAGUAUGGAAAUAACCCGACCCGGGUGUACUUUGACCUGACCUUUGAGGGAACCCAUUUCACCCCUGAACUCCAACAGAAGUUCUUCCAGCUGAUGAAGGAGCAGCCUCUACAGAGAUAUAAGAACUUCCUGGGUUACCUGCUGGGACAGUUCCUGAUAUUCUCUGAGUACUAUACGGACUACACCACGGUGCCCCUGACAUUCCGUGUCCUCAAUCUGACCUACACCAGCGACCUGAUGGACAAAAACUCUGCCAGAUACAAACAGCAUGCUACACUCUUCUGUCAAGAUAUUGACAAGUUGAUGAGAUCACACAAAAGGAUUUUCCCAACAUAUGAAGGCUGUGAAGUUGUUCAGUUUGGUAACAACCCAACAACUAUAUCAGUUGACCUCCAGUUUGGUGGUUUGGUAAACAUCGGUGAAUACAAGGAUCUAGUUUCUGGCAUUAUAUUUGAGGACGCCCCACGAUAUCGAUACCUGAACAAUCUUGGACAUCUGGUGGGUGACCUGUUAGUGUUCUAUGACAGCUGGGAGUACAUCUUACAUGAUGCUUGGCUAUCCAACAUGACCUACUUUAUCCAUGAGUUUUCCUACAACUCUCAGUAUGCUGAUUCUAACUCGGCCCUGUUUAAGGACUUUGAGAAUCUCUUCUGUGGUGAUAUUGACAACUUCUUCAAGAAUAGCCAACUCUCUGAUAGAUUCUACAGAUGUUUCUUCACAAAAAUAGGAGACACACCUGUGCACACCUUGACCUUUAACGUGAUAUUUAACGGUACUGAGGAGAUUCCUAAGGAGAUUAUCCAGGACAUCAUCAGUAAGCGGGCCGACCACUUCAACGUAGAGAACAAGGACAUGAUGUUUAUAGGUCAGCAGCUGGUGUACCUCGGGGGAGAGAUGGAGAACUUCCCCAUCAACAUCUCUAACUACCUGAUACAGGACUAUGUAAUGACUACAGAGAGUCCAGUGAAUACAAUCAUCAAUGCCUCCUUUGUAUUGCUGAACCUGACUUGGACUCCAGACUUAGCUAACCCCCAGUCAGCAGCCUUUAAAGCCAUUGCAGAUCCUUUCUGUCAAUAUUUGACCAACUUGUAUGUUGGAAGAGACAGAUUCAGGGACAUCUAUGAAAAAUGUGAAGUGGCCUCUAUCACGACAGAUGGGGCCAGAGAGAAAAUUAAUUUCGUGCUACAGUUCAAAGGUCAACAAGACCAGACUCUGCAGGAGUACAUCUUUGGUAUUCUGAUAGAGAUUGCGCCGCGCACCACGGUUAACGGUCAGAUCUCCAUCGUGGUGGGUCCUCUAGCGGUGUAUGAACAGUCCCUAGCCAUAGAGCAAGCCACAGUGGCUGUGGUCACCACCGCUCUUCCUAUCGGGAACCUGAGAGCGGGCAAGACAUCCAUGAAACCAGAAAAAUUCUGUGAAGGGGAGCUAACCCAGGGCGAGGUGUUCUACAAGACAGACAAAUGUUACGAGUUUAUCGUGUGUAUGAGAGAAAACGCCCAAACAAUCAGCUGUCCUAGAACGCCAAAGAGGAUGAGAUUCGAUCUCCCCACAAAGAGUUGUGUUGAAGAUCCCACGUGUAUCUAGUAUCAGACAGUUGUGUUAUAUUGAAGUUAGCAAGUUAUAAUGACUGAUGUGUUACGUUUCAGAGGAUUUGAUGACACUGUAUAAUGUUGAAUUGAGAUUAAAAAUAAAAAGAUUAUGAAAUAA